UAAGAAUAAUCGUUAUUGCAGAGAGGAAGAGUAGUGUUAUGGUGGUGUGCUUCGGUCUUUUAGUGCCUAAAUCUGCACCAUGGAGCAGGUGGAGAGAAUCAAAGUUGUCCUGCUGGCUUGUGGUUCAUUCAACCCCAUUACAAAUAUGCACUUGAGAAUGUUUGAGCUGGCUCGGGACCACCUUGAGGACACAGGCAAGUACAAGGUCAUACAAGGCCUAAUUUCUCCUGUUGGGGAUGCGUACAAGAAGAAGGGUCUGAUCGAGGCCCAUCACAGGGUGCAUAUGGCCCGGAUUGCCACAGAGAACUCAGGCUGGAUCCGCGUCAAUGACUGGGAGAGCCAGCAAUCUGAGUGGGUGGAAACAGCGAAGGUUGUGAGGCAUCACCAUUCGGAGUUAGUAGCAACACUGCAGAACAACGACGAGGUGGACACGGUGAAGUCUUUUAAAAGAAAACGUCCAGAGGAACCUGAGUGUAUGGUCCAGGGCUCCUCUGGGUGUUCAUCAAGAGAAGACAUGCCCCAGCUGAAGCUGCUGUGCGGGGCAGACGUGCUGGAAUCUUUUGGCGUCCCCAACCUCUGGAAGCCUGAGGACAUCAAGGAGAUCGUGGGCCGCCACGGCCUUGUCUGCAUCACGAGGGGCGGCAGCGACGCGGAGCGCUUCAUCCAGCAGUCGGAUGUGCUGUGGGAGAACCGCAAGAACAUCUUCGUCACGCGCGAGUGGGUGACCAACGACAUCUCGGCCACGCACGUUCGUCGGGCUCUGCGGCGCGGGCAGAGUGUCCGCUACCUGCUGCCGGACCCCGUGCUCUGGUACAUCCAGGAGAGGGGCCUCUACAGUGCCGAGAGCGAGAAGAAGAACGCCGGAGUCACUCUCGCACCCCUGCAGAGAUACAGCACUACAUCAUUGGUGGACCUUGAAGGUGGUCUCAAUUACCCCUGUGCAAAACUUUUGAUAAAAAUGCCAGCCAGUCUUUGCGGGACCUGGGAAUUGAUUAGCAACGUCAACUUUGAUGGAUUCAUGAUUACAAUGGGGAUUGGCAUCGCCAUGCGCAAAAUCGCCAUGAAACUAAAACAGAGGAAAGUGAUAGAGCAGGUGGGAGAUGUCUACAUUAUCAAGACCCUCACCACCUUCAGAAGCUACACAUUCUCCUUCAGAGUGGGCGAAGAAUUUGAAGAAUUCACCAAAGGCUUGGACAACAGACACUGCAAGUCACUGGUGACAUGGCAGGGGAAUAGGAUGGUGUGCACUCAGGAGGGAGAGAAGAAAAACCGUGGCUGGGCACACUGGAUUGAGGACGAUAAAUUACACCUGGAGCUGUACUGUGAGAACGAGGUCUGCAAACAAGUUUUCAAAAGGAUUGCCCUUCCACUGGGGGAAGAUUGAUUUAAAAAAAAAAAAGAAAAAACUCUUUUUAAGUCUAUUUAAAUACAAUGAGCUGCAGAUGUAAAAAAGGUGUCAACUUAAUGUUCUCCAUUUCAGAGACAGGAAACACUGCCUUACUCAUAAGUCACUCACAGGCACUGAUCAUUUAGCCUGACGACGUCUAAACUUCGGUCUGGCAUCCAGGCUACUGAUCAUUGUGAGUGCACAUACCAUCGGGGUGAUUUACACUCACUGACCUCAGGGGGGCAGAAAGUGCUUAAUGUAGGUGCUGCUGCUGCUGUCAGCUGUGUUAGUGGAAAAACAACAUCCCAUCCCCUUGAGCAGAUCAAUCUUUGUGAUAAGCUGCCUGCGCAGUCCCACUUGAGCCAUAGCCAAUAUUUGGCCGUUUGUUUGACAUUUUGUUUAUGAGUUGCUGUUUGGAUGAUACCAAUCUCUCAUGUGAUGUUGAACUGAUUAUCUUUUUUUAUAUAUACAAAGUUAUGUGACACUCCUUCCGUGGAUGUAAUUGUAUAAUAAAGUUGAAUUUAAUUGAU